UUUAGUGAUUUCGUAAGGGAAGAAAACAAAAUUGUUGCAAAUAUUGGCCCGUACCAUAAAAUAAUAAGACAUGAAUGCCACUCUGCGCGAGGACACGCGAGAGUAUACGAGGUCAUAUACUUCAAGUGGGUCUCUCAGAGGUGAAAACAGUUGUUUACUAUCACUGUUAGAGUGCCCCAUGUUUGAAAUUAACGAAUGCUCUGAAAAAUGUGCCCGGGAAUUUUGAAGAUCUACGACACAGGCGGUCAUUAAACAUAACAAUAACAUGUCGCAAACGGCGGCAGAAAAUUUCGUGACGGUAGUUUCGGUAGGCGCAAGGGUGAAAGAAGUCAACGAAAAUGCGAACUUCAAAUCCGCCGAUACAGAUUACAUAACGGUGUUGACAAUAGGCGAAGAGGCGAGCAAAAAGAACGCGAAAGAUGUCGUUGAAGAAGUCAUUGUGUACAGGCUACCUGGAGAAAGGUUAGGAUUCGGAUUGAAAUUCGAAGGAGGCACUAAAGCGAAUGAAUUCGUAAAGCGGCUUUUCAUCCAAUCUUGCGCAGCCAACAGUCCGGCCUCGAGGGUAACCAGUUCGUGGGGCAAAUUAACAGAAGGAGAUGAGGUUCUCGAAAUCGAUAUGGUUCCAGUAAACACGAUGACUAGAAUCGAUUGCGUGAGGUGUUUAAAGGAAUCCAAUGUUGCCAUAAAACUUCUAGUGCGACACAUCCACAUCCACAUCAACGAGAACGAAACCAAAAUCAAAUCGAUUAAUCCUCCUUUAGUAAUCAGUGCUGAAGAGAAGAGAGUACCGCCUCCUCCACCGCCUGUGCCUCCCCGAAAAAUAUCCAGGAAACUACUUAAAAACGUCAACAACAACAACAUCAUCCCGAAGGAAACUGGAGAAAAUAUAGACACCAAUAAGCAAAAGAAACUGCAAUCACCCAGAGGAAGCAUCCGAUCGUACGAUUCUCCGGACGCCUCGAGGAGGAACCGGCGAUUUUCCGAUGGAAGUCUCGGCCCUCCUGACGCCGAAGUUUACGUCGAUCUCUUUCUGCAAGAAUCAACUCAAAGCUUAAGCGAAUCCGACGAAACGGGCAGCACCAUUUCAACAGUUAUUGAUCGCUUCGGUUCUUUUCCAACAACGACUACAUCCAGUUUUUCCGGGAGUUUACCAUCGACUCCAACAGCAAUACAAAGAGAGUUGGACCUAUCUAAUAUAAAUAUUUACGAUGAUGAAGACAACUUCAUAAUAACUAAAGGAUUGGGGAAGCCGAUAUCUCUAUCGAGAGAGGAAAACAAUAAUAUCAUAUUGGAUGAUAUAAAUCCGUUGUGUUUCCAAGACGCGCCUUUGAGUUACGGAAAUGAAAGUACUAAAAAUAUAAUCCCUGAUGAAAUUGAUAACAUUAAGGAGGAUCCGAUUGUGCUAGAAGAAACAAAGCCAGUUUUGAAGAAGCCGCAAGUACCGCCGAGAUCGAGAGAUACUCAUUUAAACUUGACGAAAAUUGAAGACACUAAAAACACCAUUGAAAAUUUACCGAGACUCGUCGAUUUUGUGCCUAAAUCUCUGAAUGGAUUGCCGGAAAACGAGAAUACCGAAGAAAUCGAAAAUAACGAAAUCUAUAAAGGAGAAUUUGAUUAUUACGAUAAAGACGGUGAAAAUAUCGAUAAUUUUACUAAUGGCGUUGAUUUGUACAGUUCCAAAUGGAGUUUAUCAUCUCAGUUAGCAACUAUUGGUGAAGUUGAGGAAGAAACCAGCUCAGAUUUUAACAGUAAUCGAACAAUCUCAAAGCUCGCACCAGUCGUAAUAGUUGAAAAUAUAGACAAAAUAGAAGAUAAAUCCGAAGAAGAAGGACAUCUAAAACAAGAAAAUGAAGGAACUAAUGGAAUUAUGGAAACUCUACCAAGUGACUCCAGACAGCCACCCGAUGGUCAUGAGUUUCCUGAUUUCAUAGAAGCGCGUGGCGAUUCGACGAACCAGAUUUACCCGUCGUUCAAAGAUGAUUUUGCGAAACAACCUUUGCAAGAUAUUCUCAAACAAAAUGAUUUGCUUAGUCAAACUGUAAGUGCCUCGAACGGUGAUUUGAGAUCGACAAUGUACGAGUCUAUAGAAGAUUUGAAAUGUGCAGAAUACGUUCCUGAAUCAAAUCUCCUACAUGUGAGAUCGCAAAGUCUAAUAGAUGUUUCCGCUUUAAAUAAACAGAAAAACUCGAAAUGGAACCAGUUGUUCGAGCAAAGACGAAAGGGCCUUUCGAAACUCAAGGGUUUAGUAAUACCGGAAUCGGUGGAAAGCGAUUCGUCGCCUAACGUGAGCAUACCGGAAAUCAAAAGCCAACCAACGGCUGCAACAAUCUAUUAUCCAGCGCCUAAAGCAGAUAAUAUUCCUGCAAUAGAAGAACACUUGCCCAUAACCAAGUCUGUAGAAAUUCCUUCUUGGUCUUCAAAUUCAUCAACUAAUGUUCCAAAAUAUUCACCAGCAUUUAGAAGAAAGAGCCUGCAAGUAUAUUCGACUAAUAUUAACAGCACUGACUCUACCAACGCGGAAUACAUAAAAUAUUGUGAUAAGACUAACACGACUAUAAAAGGAAGCAAAAUCAGCGACGAUGAGUUAAAUCCGCCUAAAUCUUUAGAAAGCAUUUCAUCUCCAACCAGAUCUGAUUGCAGUUUUGAUUAUGCUAAGAGCAAAAAUGGAGUCGAUAUUUUCCAGAAAUCUGCGAGUGGUAAAACGGAGGACGAAAGUGAUAACGAUUCGGCGGUCAGUUCCAGCCAGUCUAGUUACAACUCGAGGUAUUCUCCGCCGGCAUCACCAACCAGAUCUUGCGAAAUAAAUCACUAUUCCAGGAAACUGGAAGAUGAAGGAAAGGGCUCAAAAAACCGGUUACUGAAACCGUCCAGUGUCGAAGCGAUUAACAGGAAGAACAUAUUAGCUUCUGCGAAAUGCAGCAGCGGCAAAGACUUGAAAAUAGGUUCGCCGGUAAUACGAAGGAAGCAGGAGGAAGCGCAAUUAGCAGAAACUCAAGUAGUUGAUAAAGUUGAUAACAGCAAAGAGGUCGAUAAAAAACCUACCAUUAUUGAAGAAACCCCGUGUAAAUCGUCAUUUUCCUCUCAACGUGCCGUACCAGUUGGAAGCAGUGAUGAAAAACCCAACGAAAUUCCACCGAUUAAGGAAACAAAAAUAAGAAAGGAUAUUUUAUUUAAACCGCUGAAGAACGUGCCAACUAAUGGAAAUACCGGGCUGCCCUCGAAAAUAGUGCUCAAGAGCAGAGCUCCUGCAAUAACAACCCCCAAAUCGAUGGACAUCUUCACCACCAGAUCAUCGAGAACACCGGCCACCAUAAACGUUAAAGCGCUAAAACAAAGCUUCGAGAAUCUCACUUCGGUGCUUCCUGUGCCACAAAAAGUUCCUGUUUCAAAACCUGCAGUGGCAAGUAGAGCUAGCAAAAUGGAAACCACUAUUUCGAGCGUUAGUAAUGGAACGAGUCAUUAUGCGGACGUCGAGAGUAAAGCCGUCCAAAAGCCGAUACCUCAAAAGAGAAAAUCCGACGUCAAAACGAGAACUGUUGCCUUGAAAAUGGAUUCGGAUAGUACUAGUUUAGGAAUAAAUAUUGCUGGAGGAGUUGAUGAAGACAAAGAUGUUAGCAUUCACCGCAUAAGGUAUGCUAGCAUAGCAUAUAACGAUGGACGUUUGAAAAAAGGCGAUAAAAUUAUUUCUGUGAACGGUGUGCCUACCAAAGGUUUGACUCACGAAGAAGCUUCAAGUUUACUAAAAGAACGUGUUAAUGAAUUUUCUAUAACAAUAGAAGAAGGAAAUGAUGUUACGACUUCUCCAGCCAAUACAAGCGUUACUAAAAAGAAUCCAUCGAAUUAUGGAAUAAGUAGUAAGUCGUUAUUGCCAAAAGAAAUAGAGACUAAGAAAUCAAAUAAUACUAUAUCAAUUACUAAGGACGGAGCAGGUCUUGGAUUCAGUAUUGAAGGUGGAAGAGAUUCGCCGAAAGGAGAUGUGCCAUUACUUAUUAAAAAAAUAUUUACAGGGGGAGCUGCUGAAAAAUCCGGAGAAUUAAAAGUUGGAGAUGAAAUAAUACAAAUAAACGACAUCAAUUUCACUAGUCUUACUAGAAUCGAAGCAUGGAAUGCGAUGAAGAAAAUACCUGAAGGCAAAGUUAACAUUUACAUCUUUAGAUAAGUUAUUUUCUAACAUAAUACUUAAUCUUGCCAAAAUCCUUGAAACUACUUUGUACUUAAAUUAAUUACGGUAUAUUUCUUACAUUUUUUCGUUAUAAUUUUAUAUAUAUUUUAUAUGAAC